AGAGAAGAUAUUUGUAAUUGUAGCAUAUUUAUUACCGUGUAGUGUUACUACUGAGAAGGUUGAGGGGUCGUUUCUUUUCAGUAUCGUUGUAGGCAAGAUGUCCCGCUCCCGAUCUUCGCGGGCGAUUGGCGGCAGAGGCCCAGCUGGGUUACUCCUGGCUUUCACUAGCGUGUCGCAGACAUUUUCAUCGGGUUUAGGCGUCGCAGUCGAUCAGGCACAAACUACAGAAACGGAAGUUCGGUCAGUGCUGAAAGACUUGGGCCAAGUGCUGCGCACGACUCCAGAAGCAGUUGACCUCGCAAGAGCGGACAGACUCGUUACAGAAGCAUCGGAGUAUCUCGGACACCAGGGUACGUGAUGAAGAUGUUUAUUCUCAGUUUCGCAAGGAUCAUGAAAUUCUAGCUCGCAGCCUUCUGCGUGCCUUGGCACUCGCGUCUUUUUCAGACGGUUGAUGAUGCAUAGGCUCCACCAAUAAUGAAUCACCCCUAUAGUAUACGACCGUCCAACAUCAGAUGCGGAAUCCCUUGCUACACCCUCUACGUCUGUGACAGAGGAAGAUGGCGUGGAAGAAAAGCACCAACCGGCUGGACUCUCAUUGCUGCAGUCGGCAGCAGCACUCGGAGACUCUACCAUGAUGAUGAAAAAGCGUUUCGGCAUAGACAUGGACGAAAUGAAUCUUUACGGCCACUCAACUGUGAGCGAUCACACACAGACAUGGUUUUUCUCCUGCUUUCUUGCAUCAUCCUUGAUGAAGAGAGUGAACGUAGAAGAAAUGCUGUGUCGUACCAUUUAUUUUUAUAGUCUACUUAUCUUAGCACCUCACCUAGUUGUGAUGUAGUGGUAGUUGUCUCUGUCUUUGCAUCAUCCUUGGACUCUGCUUGUAGCUUUUGCAAAGAUUUGAAAAAAUGAAACAACAGCCAGGAGUCGUGAGAAUGAGUCUGGUACUAGGACGAAAGGGCGGGGAAUCUUCAAGGAUCUGCUACAACCAUGUAUAGUACUAGCAUUUCAAUCCUUGUUCGAUCACAGCUCUAAGAUACGGAGGACGACGAUGCAGAAGACGACUCAAGUCUCAGCUUGUUGCAGACAUCCGCGAUAACGCCACCAGAAGCGGAGGAAAUGCUGAUCAACGAUUUCCAUGAUGAAAAUGGUUCGGGAACAGAGCAAGACGAACAUGAAUCGGAGGAAGCAGAAGAAGUAGCAGAUCCUCUGAUGCUAGUAGAGGGCACUUCUAGUUCUAGUAGUUCUAACGCACUUGUUGGAGAAGCUACUAGCACUGCGCAGGAGGAUGAGGCGCUGCCUGCUGCAAAGAAGUCUUCAACUUCUUCUAAGAACGUGGCGGAGAAAUUCAAGAAAGAGAAAAAACCCACAACUCCUUCUUCGAGCAAAAGAACUGCAGCAAGCAUCUCAGCAGCAAUGGGCAAAAAGGUGGACGAGAAAAAAGCCGCAGCUACGGACAAGGUGAUAAAGAAGACUAGCAACAAAAAGACUGGGAAGGCUGCUUCUCAAAAGAAGACAUCUUCUAGCGCGUCGAAAUCCGGCGUCAAAGCAGCAGCGAAAAAAGCUGCGGGAAGUGGCCACAAAAACGCCCCGCAAGAGCCGCGUUCGCAGAUGUUGCGGAAAGAAAUGGGGCGAAAGCAGGGACAGAAAGGAAAGAUAACCCAGCACAGCAAGAAGCUGCCAACCGAAAAGAAGAAGACAAAGCCAACAGAGCUAGCGUCCUCGAAGAAAAAAGAGCAGACUGGUCUAAAAAAGGGCUACACAAGGUCUGCUGCGAAACCAGCACCGAAAAAGAAAACUGGAAACACUCCUGUCGCCAUGGUCGAGACAGAUACUGCUGUCUUAGGUAUAAUUUGCUAUUGCUUCCCCUCGUCGUGACAAUGAAGAGUCGAUGACAAUACAAGAAAUUAUUACUUAUUUAUUAUCAGCAAACUUGAUUUCAAGAAGUUUCUUGAUCUGUGAUUCCCACUUCUACAAGAACAAGAGCCUACCAGAUGAAGUACCUAUUGGCCACAAGUGGAAAUUUCUUUUGACCAGCACUUGAACUACAACAAUUUUAUCGAAAUUCAAAUUUUUGCAGAUCCACACGCAGUCGAGCAACUACGACAUGACGUUCUUGGAGUUGUCGACGCGUUCGCCGAGAGUCACGGAUCUUAUUAUCCGGAGCUGCAAGCGCAUGCUUUUCAUCCGGCAGCGAUCAUGUCAGGGAUCGCGCAAGGCUUCAUUCCGGAAGACCAGGCGCAUCGGCUCUAUGAAACACGUUGAUGUUAUCUACCAAUGUAGUUGCACCAAGUUGUAUUCUUACCUCGUUAUUAGUUGUUCGAUUACCUUCAGCAUGUUGUUGUUGAAGUUGAUGAUGUCUGGUCCACCGAUGUAGCAGGUCCUCGUACGUAUGGAUUAUAUAUAAUAGUAACGUUGUACUAGUUGUAGUUUUCCUUGUGCCUCCGCCUUUCUCCUCCAUGUGCAGCAGCAGCUCGUUCUUGUUGACUUCUACUUGGCCCUAUUCAUACUGUGACCGCACUCCACGCAAAGCCUUUGUCGAAGCGUAUGCUUACGCUACGAGCGAAAGUUCUCGCAGCUGUGGAAGAGUUCUCGUCCGCCUCUGCUCCCCAAAGCACAGAUCUGCUCGAGCUAGAUUCGUCCGAAAUGUCAGAAGAGGAUGCCACAAGCGAGCAGGAUGGAGAGAAGUUAAGGCGACAACUAGACGGUAUGGAUCCAGCAAGAAUGAAAAUGACAAGCAAUAAAUAAGUUUAAUGAAUGUUGUAAUGAAUUAGCAUUAGGUACAAUGGAAUGGUACCAUGAUACUCCUUCGUUCUGCAUUUUUAUGUCAGUCUCUACUAAUUGAAAACAAUUUUCGUAUUAUGAAAUCAUGUAGUGGCGGUGCUGUUCCUGAUCAUGAGGUAAUGUUCAUGUACUUACUACCUCGUCCAUGUCUCUAACUAAUUCGGAAGAAGAAGUGAAAGAAACGAGCGGCGAAAAAGCAGAGGAAAGCGUAGAGCAUGCAGCUAUUCGUUUCGGACAAAGCCGCGUGAAGCAGCACAUGGAGGAGGAGGUAGUGAGUGCUUCCAGCCACUCGAUCCAAAUGGCAGUUAAGCUCGGCGAAAGCGGUGGUAGUGAUGGAGUAGAGCACAACCACAUCAAGUCAUCAGAACUACAGGCUUCAUCUUCUUCAGACGAAUCAGGUUCAGGACCUGUUUCUUCUUCCGAAAAGGAAAAAGUUUCCUCUUCUUCCUCUAGUGGAUCAUUCUCAAAGGAGAAGGCAGCGAGUACUGGUGACAAGCGCGACCAGGACGCGGACAAGGACAAGGAAGAAGAGGACAAGGUGAUCCCAGGCUUCCUUGGGGACAUCGCCGCUGCCGAUGCGGAGGAAGAACGCAUUCAAGGGAAGAAGUUUGCUCGCGAUGCUGGCUCGAAAAACGGGCAGGGCAAUAGUGGCUCUGGUGAUGCACUUAAGGCUACUUUCUGCAAUAAGUAUUUAACCCAGCAUCUUUCAAAAUCUAAGUAGAACACAUUCACGGCCCUCUAGAUUUGUUCACUGGAAAACAGACCAGGGAUGAGUUGUAAAUGUAGAAGGAUGUGAAUUUCCUUUUUUUUCGUCUUGCCAGCGGUAUAGGGGGUCUGCUUGAGUCACCUUGUUGAAGGCUUCUAACGCGAAGAAGAAGAAGAACAAGGACGGCGGCGCCGACGCUGGGGGUGAUGCAAAGAAGAUGAGCAGUAUCACACAGCAGAUGAGCUUGAAGCUGCAAGUCGCAGUCGAUGACGAUGAAGAAAAUCAGAAGCCACCAGAAGAUCAAGAUCAUGAUUUUCACAGGACGCCAAGCAGUGGUGCAUCCUCAACAACAUCGGACGAGUUGGGUGCUAGCCGUCGUGCGGCGAAGAGGACCAUAUCUGCUUCUUCGAUGGGAAUGUCCAACAAGAGUGGUUCAGCCAGCUUCCACCCGGAGAAAAAGCUGAAGAAGCAAGUGGAGGGGCUGAGUGUGGAGGGGAAAGAGGACAACGGUGCCACAGUCAUCUUCGGAAAGCACCAAGGACCAACUGCAUCAGAAGAUGCUUCUGUUGACCACAAAGUAGACUCUUCAUCUUCUUCUUCUUCUUCCGAAGUAGAAGAGACAACUACAAGUUCUAAGCAUUAAGGCUCUCAUCUGUAUACUAUAGUAUAACUCAUUUUCACUGGUAGAUGUGCGUUUUUCUCUAUUGUCGUCUUGGGACUUUUUUUUGAGAAAACGAGAUUUCGAAACAAAUGAAUUGCUUCGAGUUCUAAAACAAGGCGAUCAAGAAGCGCACACCGGUGAUGGAGACAUCACCAUCCUCCCCAAUAGGAGAGUCGAAGAGAACUCUGAAACUGACCCUCACGCGGAAUGCGCCGUCGUCCCACGCACCAGCACAAGAAUCGGCGGCCGAAGAGACGAACAAGAGUGGCACCUCGUUGCUCUCUGUGGCCUCCGCCCGAACCGACAGCAAGCCCAUCACCGCAGCUUUGGUCCUAGAGCGUUUGCAUCGCCUACUCUCCUAAAGAGAUACGUGUUUUUCAGGGAAAAUGUGAGAAAAACUAGACCUAGAGGUGGGUCGUGAGGAAAGGUUCUAGUAAUAUGGUGAUUAAAUGGGGGACCCGUAUUUGAUUUUGAAGGUUCCAAUGGUGUUGUCUACGAUUUUGUAUUGUUUCUGUUUCUGAAGAUGUAACAUUUCUACACUGUUUUGAUAUACAAGGAACGAAGAGUACCACCUAAGUACUCUAAUAACAACUACUUAGACUUACUACCUAGUAAAUAAUCCAUUGUAGUCAUUUAGUAAACAGAGAUGAGUAUAGAUGUAUAUGUUUCUGAUUCCCAUAUAGAUUUAUAUGUUUCCAAAGCUGUGUUGAUUCCACGGAUGCCACAAACGCAUUCGAAAAAAUUUAUGAUGUGAAGAUCUUCUAGAAAUAAAACUAGAAGAGGAAAGCAAGAAGGUUGUUGUAGCGGUCUAGAAAUUGAAGAGGAAAGCAAGAACAAGAAGGUUGUAGGAGCUGUUUUAGAUAAUUUCCCAAGGAAAGGUAUAGAAUCUGUGGAAAGGGCACACGAACUUCAUCAAGAUCGUAGCCCGUGCACAGAUAUGACAAAAAUAGCAGAGAUGCCAGCCUAUGCCAUACAUUCAACAUAUGCCGUCUGUCAUCGUCGUUCGAAAUGAAAUCAAAUAUCACAACACGAUAAAAUACGUUAGGUCUCGUUUUUCUUGGCAAUGUUUUUGACAAAUCGUGUUCAUGACUAACCUAAUAGAUAUGACAUGCAUUUUAGAUCAUUAGUCUCGUAUCCUAACGAAAAAACUAAAUGGAUUCCUAGAAAACGCAGAAUAUUAUGGACAUUGAUUUUGACGAAGAAACUGGUCUUCCUAUCUCUCUUCCAGCACGUCACAUUCAAGAAUGAAAUUAUAGAAUCACAUUGAGACAGUAGCCUGACCGCUCAGGUGAGAGGAGUCCAAUUACCCUGGCGGUUUUGAUGAUGUCAAUUGAGUUUCUUG